CCCAAGCAAGAGAACUCUUUGAAGGUAACAGGACAGUUGCAUAACUCUAUCAUCUUCAGGAGGAUCGACCUCUGCUUGAUUCUUUGCCUGAAUGGAGGCCGGAGUAGCUUGCUAUGCUCAUGGGGCAGUUUUGCCUACAGUUUUUGCUAAGUACUCUACUGCAUUAGUCCCUCCACCAUCUGUUUCUCCAUCCUUCAGCUCCAGGGGCCUUAAAUCAAGCUCACUCUUUGGAGAAUCAUUGAGGGUUAUGCCAAAAUCGUCACUCAGAGUUUCAAAGUGUAGGAGCUCUACUGUUGUGACCAGAUGUGCCAUAGGUGACAGCCUUGAAGAGUUCCUUACCAAGUCAACCUCAGACAAGGGAUUGAUCAGGUUGAUGAUGUGUAUGGGAGAAGCAUUAAGGACCAUUUCUUUCAAGGUCAGGACAGCUUCUUGUGGAGGUACAGCCUGUGUCAAUUCAUUUGGAGAUGAGCAACUUGCUGUUGAUUUGCUUGCUAACAAGCUUCUCUUUGAGGCCUUGACCUACUCCCACUACUGCAAAUAUGCUUGCUCUGAAGAAGUUCCUGAGCUGCAAGACAUGGGAGGUCCAGCUAAAGGUGGAUUCAGUGUUGCUUUUGACCCACUUGAUGGCUCCAGUAUUGUGGAUACAAAUUUCACUGUAGGCACUAUCUUUGGUGUGUGGCCAGGAGAUAAGUUGACUGGGGUAACAGGAAGAGAUCAAGUUGCUGCAGCAAUGGGAAUCUAUGGUCCUCGCACCACAUACGUUAUUGCACUUAAGGAUGUUCCUGGCACCCAUGAAUUCCUCCUCCUUGAUGAAGGAAAAUGGCAACAUGUCAAAGACACAACAGAGAUUGGCGAAGGGAAAAUGUUCUCCCCAGGAAAUUUGAGAGCCACAUUUGACAACCCUGAAUAUGACAAGUUGAUCAACUACUAUGUGAAAGAGAAAUACACAUUGAGAUACACCGGAGGAAUGGUGCCGGAUGUCAACCAGAUCAUUGUAAAGGAGAAAGGUAUCUUCACAAAUGUGAUGUCCCCAUCUGCCAAAGCCAAGCUAAGGCUAUUAUUUGAGGUUGCUCCACUCGGGUUCUUAAUUGAGAAAGCUGGAGGUUACAGUAGCGAUGGCUAUCAAUCAGUUCUUGACAAAGUGAUCAAUAAUCUCGAUGACAGAACUCAAGUUGCAUAUGGUUCCAAGAAUGAAAUCAUCCGUUUUGAAGAAACUUUGUAUGGAUCCUCAAGGCUCAAAGCAGCAGGUGUUCCUGCUGGAGCUGCAGCCUAAGCAAAAACCUGUGUAUCAAAACUUGAACCUAUAAAAACCUGCGUAUCAAAACUUGAACCUAUCUCAUACAGAACAAUUAUAUAUUAGUGCACGAUGCUCCAACCAUUUCUUGAUCUGGAACCACAAAGUUGAGUUUCUGUCAUCGUAUUUUCUCCUAAAAAAUUUGCUUCAAAGGCAUAAUUAGGAUGAAGCAAAUUGACCUUUGAGUUCCAUUAAACAAUUCUCUGUGGCAGAUACUUAUAUUGUUUUUAUCAAAUUUACUGGUUGUGGCAAUGAUUUUACCAGGUUGACUAGUCAUUUGAGAUAGAACCAUAGAAUUCUCUAUAAAUCCUGCAUUAACAG